AUGGAAAACCUAAUUCGAAGUGUGAUUCAAUCAACUCAAAGAAUUCAAGUUCCGGUUGAACCUGAUAUUCAAGAUGCAACAAUGGAGGACGUUCUCAACAAUUGUAUAGAAAACAAUGCUUUGGCAGAGGAACGUGAAGAAGAAGAGUUAACUAACGAAAUCGAAGCUGAAGAACAACAUAUUAUUUCUGAUUCUAAAGAACCGGAUCAAGAUAUUGUUGGAACGCUGAUGGGUUACACUGCCGAAGCAGUGGAGGAACUUCUAGGUUUCUACGAAAAACAUGCUAGUGCGAUUGGAUUUUCCAUAAGGAUAGGAAACACGAGAUUCAAAGUUGGGACAAGAAUCGUGCUUGAAAAGACAUUUCUUUGUUCAGCAGCAGGAGUAACAAACAAUGGAAAGAACAAAAAGAAAAAAGUGCAAACAGUUGUUCCUGUAGUGCCCAAAAAAGAGAGAAAACCAAGGCAAGUUCCAAUCACAAGAACUCGAUGUAGGGCAUGCUUGAGAGUGAAAAUGAAUUCUGAAGGCAGAUAUGCGGUUGUUAAUCACGUGAUAAUUCACAACCAUGAAUUAACUAGAAGUCAAUGGCACUACUUGCAUAGAUCUGAAAGGAAAAUAACGGAAGAGAAGGGGGAGGCAAUUGAAACUAUGCAAAAAUUCGGUCUGUCAUCCACGACUUCUUUUAACUACAUGGAAAUUGAAGCUGGAGGUGAAGAAAAUUUAGGGCACUCGAAGAAAGACCAUCUAAAUUACUGCACAAGGUUAAAAAUGAAGCAAAUAGGAGGUGAUGCACAAGCAGUAACUGACAUAAUAUUUGGGGCAUUGAAACGAGAUCCAAAUUUUAAGAAGACAUUCAACUAUUGCUUGUAUAAGUGUGUCACAGUAGUUGAAUUUGAAACCAAUUGGAGAUCAAUGCUGCAAACAUAUGAGCUGAUAGGGGAAGAGUGGUUUACAAAUGUAUACGAUUUGAGAGAAAAAUGGUGCCCUGCCCUUAGCAAAGACUUCUUUUCAGCUGGGAUUUUGUCUUCACAACGAAGUGAAAGCACUAAUCACUCCAUCGGGUUUAUAGCAAACAGAACAACAAGUUUAACUGAUUUCUAUAGAUUGUUCAAAGGAACAAUACAGCGUUGGAGAAGUACAGAAAAGCAAGCUGAAUUCACUUGUAGUGAAUCAGUUGCAUCCUCGGCUUUAUCACUAUCUGGAUUGCUAAAACAUGCAUCAGAAGCAUAUGAAGGUAAUACUCAGUUCUAUGUUGUGUCCAUUGAUGAAGAACCUUGGUCUGCACAGAGAGUAACAUACAUCCACGAGAGCCAGACAGUAUCAUGUACGUGUAAAAACUUUGAAGCUUCGGGAUGGUUGUGCUACCACUGCAUUAGGAUAUUGCACCUUCAUUUGGUUAACCAGAUUCCAAAACAGUACAUCAAAAAGAGGUGGACAAACUCUGGCAAGUCAUCGGUUUGGAACAAAUUAGAAAAUGAAAAUCCGGAAGAGGUGCAGUAUACACCUUGGCGCCAAACCAUGGCUAGGAAAUACUACAACCUCGUCUUGAAAAGCCAGUCAAAUGAGGAGACAAGAACCCUUAUGGAGGAUGGUUAUGCCGCUAGUGUGUCUCUGGUUGAUGAACUUCUGGCAUCAUUAAAUCUUUCAAAUACUGAAGAUGCUUCAACCACACAAACAAGCGCAACAGCAGCACCCGAAACAAGCACAACACGAGCACCAGAAACAAACACAACACCAACAGGUACUCAUGACACAACAGCAAGUGAUACAAGUGUACAACAAGCUGCAACAAGUUCUGAACCUGCAACAAACACAUCAACUGAACCUCCUAUGGUGUUGGAUCCUGCACAUUGCACAACAAAAGGAAGGAACAAAAGACCACGAGGACCGCUUGAGAAAAAGAAAAAGGGAAAAACUACAGCGUCUCCAACAACAAACUUUGGAACAAUAACUCCAAAUUUGAGAUUAUUUUGA